AUGGAGCAGCUACAGCUCCUUCAGUCGGUUACCCAACUGGCCAGGCGGGGUCGGAUCUCACCAAGCGUGGCCGAGCCGAUCACAAGGGUGAUCCAACUCUUGAUGCAGCUGGUCCCACCACUCUGGUGCCAUCUCUCUCUCCCUGACAAGGAGGCUGCAUCCAGAGUUCUUGCAUCCGCCCUGGAAGCGCUUACGCUGUGUCUGCCACCAAGCCCAGAGCAGAGCAUCUCAUCUUUGGACUGGGCUGAUGCGUUCAUGGAGCAGCUGACUGGAAGCGCAGGCGAGUUGAACCGGGGAGACACAUCACUUCCAUCGUUGCAGAUGCUCUUCUCGGUGGUUUUGCGAGCACGUCUUCAGCAAAGCGAGGAGUUUCGCAAAGCCGAUCCGCAGCUGCUGAUGAUGCAGCGGUCGGACCUCUUUGCGCUCGUUUUGCACGGGCAGUCGCUGCAAGAAUUCACAGAGCUUUCCGGCGAUGCAAGCCUUGUGGCAGCGGCCUCACCGGGGAUUCCCAAGAGUGACCACUGCAGCACGUGGCUGCGCUUAGCCGGCCUUGAAGGCACCGCAGCGCAGACCCUUCCUGGCUUCUGCCGUUACAGCGUGCAGGCGGUGGAGGCACUGCGCCUGCAGCUUCCGAGAGGCCUUGCCGCGGCGCUGCUCUGCCUUCGACAGCUGCGGCUACACCAUGCCGUGCUCGCGAAGGACCGGGAGCCCGUCACCAAGGCUCAGGAAGGCUGGCACCUUGCGCACUGCGCAUCCUUCGCUCGCCUCACCGUUGCCCAGAGCUCUGAGCCGGACUUUGCGGCUGCCCUGAGCAAAAGCGGCGCCAGUAGGAGGAUUCCUGCACUGGCCGUGGUGGUGCAGCUGGAGCGGUGCAUCCAGUCGCAGGGAGAGGAAGCCGAGACCUUGCUGGAAGUGGGCAGGCUGCGUCUGCUGCAGGCUCAAGCCUCACAGCAAGGGGCGAUCACAGACGACCAGGGUGACCACGAGGAGCCCAGGCGCUUCGUGGCCUUAGCCCUCUUGGCCUGGCAGAGAGCUCUGGCCGUGGAUUCCGGAGUUCUGGCAGCCAGGACCCCUGCAGGGGUAGCGGAUGCGCUGCAGGCCGUGACAGCUACUUCCUUUGCAGGCGGCUCGCACGCCGUCCUGCUGCUGCGCGAUGCCUCUGAUGCAGCUCAUCUCCUGGAGGGUAUGGACCUUGAUCACCUGGCUUUCCGUGCUCUUGUCCUGUGUUUGGCUUGUCUGCACCGACGUCAUGGAUCAGCUGCGCUCUGGUGGCGGCCGGAAGCUAUGGAGGUGUCCGAGAAGGUGCACUCUUGCAUGCAGGCUUCCGUCGUCCUCCUGUACCGCAUGGCCGGUGCCAUGGGUCGCCUUGCGUCGACUCCAAAGGCGGACGCAGAGGCGCGUGCCGCCGCUCUGGGCUGGUGGCAGUUGGCAGAGGCAGAGCUAAAGGAUCUCCAGGUUUUUUCACAGCUGCUGGAAAGCGAAUACCGGAUGGGCAGGGCGGCCGUGGCCUGCGUGGCUCGCGAAGAAGGCCCUCUGGGCACUGGCCUCCUGCACAAUGCACUGGCAGGCAAUCGGCUUGGGGCGAAUACCAACGAGUUGAGGACCGCCGUUGCCAAUGUCCUGGGGGCAGUGCUGUCACGGCGCAGUGUGCUGGGGCCAGAAGUCUGCGAGUCCAGCAGAACGCGCAAGACGCGGCAGAGGAACGUGAGAACCUCCUGGUGCCUGAAGUUUGAAGGAGCCUUGGCUGCGCUGGCCCGCUUUCCGGUCUGCGCUCUUGCAAGUCACUUGUACAAGUGGCUCGGAGAAGCGGAUCUGGCCGAUGCCUGCUGCCAGUGUGGCCUGCAGUUGAUUUCGCAGAGGCUUUGUGGAGACCAUCGUUGGAAGCUGCGGUUCCUAUGCAUGCGAGCAAGGUCUGCCAUGGCUCAAUCAAAUCGUUUGCCCGACAUGGCCGGCUUCAAGGAGGUGAAGGUGCCGGAACUGGAGAGGCUGCUCGCAGAGAUCGACACGCUCUGGAACGGGAUGCAGGUGUCUGCAAAGAUGGGCGCCGAGGAGUACCCGAAAUGCCAACCUUCGAAAACUCAGGAGUUGUGGGCUGAGGCUGGAACCAUGGAUGGCUCUUCUUGGCGGGGCUUUCCGGAAUUCGGUCGCUCUUGGAAGCUUCGGCUGACGGCGCUCGCGGCACAGCGUCGAAGGUGUCCAGAAGCUUGGGCAGCGCACAUUGACGGGCUGCUAUCUUGGAUGCGCACAAUGCCUGACAAGCCACUGCCUCAAUUGGGCCAGAUGCUGCUGACAGUGGCACAAGUUUUCUUCGACGAGGCGGUCGAGGGUGGGCACAACUCAAUUGACGCCGGCGCCUGCGAUGAACUGCUGGCCGUGCUGUCGUCUUGCAAGCGGGAACUCGUUCGCAGCGAGAGCUGUCCGUUGCUGCAGCCUCACCAAGAAGAGGCUGUUGUCGCCGCUGCCAAGGCUGGAGCCGUUCCAGAGAGACGGGCUCUGUUCAUGGAUGCACACGUUGGUCUGCCUGCCGUAAGCCGUGCAUCCGUAAAGGAUGGCUCGUCCUCGUCGGCGAAGCUCGUGGCAGUCUUCUACCUGGUCGCCGGUGCCUUUCGAGAUGCUCUCGUGGCGGGUGACAGCAUGACUCUCCGGGCUUCAGCGCAGCUCCUCCUGCGGGCAGCAGAGGCUUCGAAGAGCAAGGCAGCUGCUGUCCAAAAAGACGAGAAGGUGCCAAGCAGGGGCAACUGCCGGAGCCGCUCACGUAGCCCUCGGCGUGACAUGCCCGGCGGUGUCUUGAGUUCUUCGUGGACUCGAGAGUACUGGUCCCUGUGCAAGCAGGUCGUUCCGCUGUGCUCGGCUGUGUCUCUCCUCUUCCUCACGGAGCUUCGCUCCAUGCAGCGGGUUGUGGAAUCGCUCGGCGAUGCUAGAAUGAUGCAGUACUUCUUCAGCGAGCCGCACAAGGAGCUGCAGCCCUCCGUCGCGGUGGCGAAGCUCUCGUCCGGUGAGUGGCUGAAGGAGGUGAGGGCCGACCUCUCCCUUGCCUGGCUGCAGGUGGACUGGCAGGGGCCCCUGCUCCGGAUCACGCGUUCGCUGGACAGCGGUCUCGGGCCGGCCAGUCACUCGCAGCUCGUGUCCCAGCAGGUUCUUCUUCCACACGGUCUGCUCCCGUGCCUGCAGGAGGAGCUCCGUAGUCUCCAUGCGCUCAACGGCCAAAAGAUCCGCGAGCUUUGGCAGAGGGACGACAAGGGCACCGAGGCUGUCCGGCGUGAGUUCUGGAACAGCCGCAAACGCUUCGACGCCGAGCUAGGGCGGGUGGCGGAGAAGGUGGAGCAGGAGAUCUUGGGUCCCUGGCGAUUUUUGCUCGCCCCGUGGCCGCAGACGGAUCGGGCCCAGCAGACUCUCCUGGCGCACCUGGAUGCUUGGGUCGAGGAGGCAACAUCCGCCAGCCACCGAACGCUGCGGAGUGCGCAAGACGGACAACAGCCGUCACUGCGGCCUGAGGAUGCCCAGCAGCGCUUCCUUCUCGCAUUGUUGUUCCUGGAAGCGGACAAGCUCGAGGCCGGCGAGAUAGCGACGGUGCUAGAGGCAUUCUGGCCCGGCAACAGCUCCCAGCUGCGGCGCAGAGCGUCGUCAUUGAAGAGGUACCGAUCGGAUUGCCGAGCCGUCUUGGGAGCCGCCGAGAUAUCCCAGGAGGAGGCUCCCCUGAUCCUGUAUGUGGAUGCGACCGUCGCGCAGUUACCGUUGGAAGCCUGCGCCUGUCUGAGGCACCGAAAGGUGGUCCGUGGCCUGGCUCCCAACAUGACGCUGAAAGCGCUCGCUGGCGCCGGGGAGGUGAAGCCCAGGACGGGCUACUUCAUCAUCGACCCUGCGGAGGACUGCAGCAACAUGGGUGACGUGCGCCAGCUUCUCGCUCGCUGGAGCUCUCACGGACAGGCCUGGCACGGCCACACUGGGCAGCCCAUGCCUGCGUCGAAGGAAGUCUUAGAGGAGCUUUGCUGCAACGACGUCUUCAUCUACUUGGGGCACGGGGAGCGAGCGAGGCAGCUGCUGCGGCAGGAUGAGCUGCAGCUUGCAGGAUCCACCAAGGGUGCGUCCCAGGCCUCCCUGGCCUCCCAGGCGACCAGCGAGGAGAGCUCCCAAGAAUCCCUGGAAGAGCCUCCGGGCAGCGAGUCUGCCAAGCGGGGCCUCAGAUCCAUUCUCAUGCUGCUGGGCUGCAGCAGUGUGCGGCUGCAGCGGCCCAGUGCUCAGGGUCGGCGAGGGGAUUUCGAGUCCUUCGGCCUCGCGAGCAGUGCUUUGCUGGGCGGUGCCCCCCUGGUGCUCGGGGCACAGUGGGACAUACUUGGUGGCGACCUGGAUCGACUGGCCAGCAGGCUCCUCCAGGACUGGCUCAAGGGCGUGAGUGAAGAGGGCCAAGCAGGCCUUCUCUCCUCCUUGAGAUCCUUGCGGCCACGCUGCAUGCUGCCAAACCUCACAGGGGCCGCAGUGGUCUGUUACGGCAUUCCCAUGUAG